AUGAAAUCGGCAGUAACAACUCCAAAUUUCCUAAGAAAUUUUUCAGCAUCAGGAAUUGAUGAAAAGGCACUAACACAAGAAUCACUUCGAACUGUUCAUUCCGAGUCAAAUGUAGCAAAAUCUGUAUUAAAAAGAUCAUCAUCAUCAUCAGUAGUUUUCGAUAACAAUGAUACGAACGAUGAUUAUGAAAAGCAAGCAGAUGCAACUAUUGAUGAAAUAUGGAAAAUAUUUAAAGAUGAAAAUGCUUGGACAGAAGAAGCAAAAAGUCGCGAUGGACUUGAUGUUGUUGUUUCAAAAGAGUUUCCGAAGUGGGGAAGAAUUUUCCGAGUCACUAGCAUUAUCCCAGGAUCUUACUCUGGUAUUGUCGAAAUGCUAUUUGAACGACAAGAAGAUAUUCCAAAAUGGAGUCCAUCUGUGAAUGAUUGUAAAAUAUUAGAAGUCAUUAAUGAUGAUUUGUAUAUAACCUAUCAACUAACAAAUGAACAAGCACAAGGUUUUAUUGCCAAGCGUGAUUUUGUCAAUUUAGCAGUACGUCGAUUUAUUGAUGAUACUGCAAUACUAGCAGCGCAAGCAUGUCUGCACUCGAAAAUGCCGCCAAAUAAUAGUUGUGUUCGAGGAGAGAAUGGGCCAACAGCGUAUGUUGUGGAAAAAAAUGAUGAAGCAACUUGUAAAUUUACGUGGUUGCUUAAUGUUAACUUAAAAGGCUGGCUUCCGCAGUAUCUUAUCAACAGUUCAUUAGCUAGUGUUCAACUUAAUCUUGUUGAAUCACUUCGAAAUCAUACAUCUAAAAUUCUUGAGACAACAUUAUCUUCCUCAUCAUCUACGAUUGCUGUCGAUACAAUAUAA